AUGGACGUCCCUGGUUCAAGAGCAGCCUCCGGCAGCUUACUGCCCGCAACUGGCGGCGGAGGCGUCGACAUCCCCGGCAUGUCCACAUCGCACGCCAGCUCCUCCCGCAUGGGACCAGGCACGCGAGCACGAAGGGAACGCGAACGCAGCGGUCGACCCAAAGACAAGCACAUCCUCGCCCUCCGCUCCAUCCGCGACUUUCUCCGUGGACGCAGUAGCUACGAUGUCCUCCCCGUCAGUUUUCGAAUGAUCAUUCUCGACACCAAGCUCGUCGUCAAGCCCGCCCUUGAAGUCAUGUGGCAGGCAGGCGUUGUCUCUGCUCCACUGUGGCAGUCGACUCCGCCCGAGCUGCUUGGCAACUCGUCCAGCGAAGAUGGAUCGAUACAAACCAAAGACGAGGCAGCGUCUGAAAAGCCGGCAGAGGGGGAAGGUCGUGUCAGUCCCAAAAGCGUGCCCUCCAAGGACACCGACAAAGCACACCUCUCCGGCUUCGCAGGCAUGCUCACGGUCAACGACAUCAUACACCUCAUCCAGUACUACUACCACCACUCCUCGUACGAUUCCGCCGCGGAAGACGUGGAGAAGUUCCGACUCGAGCGGCUGCGCGAUAUUGAACAUGCGCUCAAUGUGCCUCCUCCUCCGCUGCUAUCCGUACAUCCGCUGCGACCGCUCUUCGACGCGUGUCAGCUGCUCAUUAAGACGCACGCCCGACGACUCCCCUUGUUGGAUUACGACGAGCAGACGGGCAUGGAGACGGUCGUUUCUGUCUUGACGCAGUACCGUGUGCUCAAGUUCAUUGCGAUGAACUGUCGCGAGACGUCGGCACUGUGGCGCAGCUUGCGGCAGUUGAACAUCGGAACAUACUGUCAUUCUUACAAGGCGAGCAAGGGAGCAGCGUCGCAUCGUGGGUCCGACGCUAGCGAGCCGGGGAUCCUCAAGAGCGAGCACGCGUUGGAUAUGAGCGAGCUUUCCCCUGACGCGGUCACUCCAGAGGAGUCGGACGCUGCCCAACCUGCAGCCACACAGCCCGCCUCCGGGCCCACCAACCCCUACGCACCCAUCGCAACCGCCACACUGGACACCACAGUGUUCGAUGUCGUCCACAUGUUCUCCGAACGCGGCAUUUCGGCGGUCCCCAUCCUGGACGACUCGGGUAACGUCGUGGACCUCUACGAGACCGUCGACGUCAUCACAUUGGUCCGUACGGGCGCGUACACCUCUCUCGAUCUCACCAUUCGUCAAGCGCUUGAACGUCGUCCUCCCGAUUUCUCGGGAGUGUGGACGUGCUCGCCGGACGACUCGCUCGCGUCGAUCUUUGCUCUGCUGCGCAAACGUCGUGUGCAUCGACUGCUGGUGCUCGAACCCGAACCGCUGGUCGUGGGGGGUGCAGAUUUCAAAAAGGAACCCGUACCCGUCGAGGAGCUGGACAGCUACGCGGACGAUCUGGUGGAAGAAGCGCGCGAAACGGAGCGCAAGGAGAAACAGGCGUACAUCAAUGAUGCCAAAACGCCGUUGGAGGAGCGACUGGAAAAGGGGGAUCCGGUGAGGAAGACGAGAGGCAAGUUGGUCGGGAUGGUGUGUUUGAGCGAUAUCCUGCGGUAUGUGAUCGGAGAGCAGAUGUUGGGGGAGGAGAAGGAGGUGAGGAGUCGAGGUGGGAGUGUGGCGAGUAGCGCACCGAGUAGUCAUCAGGAUGUGGAGGUUGUGGGGACGGAGGCGACCGUGAGCGCGGCUGUGAUGACGACAGCAGAGGUCAUGAGUCCCACUACGACGUUGGAUGCUACACAGACCAUUCCUGAGAAUGAGGCGUUGGAGAUGUAG